AACAAAAUUAUGAGUUUUAUAUCCAAUCCUCAUUCUGACUCCACUGCACCAAAUGCUAAAAAUAUCAAGUACCAGACAGAAGCUUCCCAAAGAACUCCUGAAAUAGUCAAACGAGGUAGAUGCAUGAAGUGUGAAGGUUGCAGAAGGGCUGAUUGUGGAGAAUGUUUAUAUUGCAAAGAUGAAAAGAAAUUUGGUGGACCAGGCAAGAAGAAGAAAGCAUGCAUGAAAAGAGUAUGUAUUGCUGUGUGUGAAAAGACAACAUCAGUUAAGCAGUUUCAAAGUGACAAUCAGCCUGGUGUGAAGUUAUCAGUGAAAGAACCCGCUAAAGAUGAAGCUAAUUUAAAUGAUGGCCUAACCAAAUCAUCUGCGAUUCCUGUUGAUGAUUUGCCAGAGCAAGAGAAUGAUGAACCAUGUAUGUAUUUAGCUACGAGUCCAUACGCUUUGGUGACGCUGGAUGACUUUGCCACAGUAUACAAAGGCCAAUGGCUCAAUGAUCAGGCAAGUUGA